AUCUCCCUUCUUCACUAGAUAAAACCCUGCCCUCUUCAAUCUUCCAGGCAAAGCGUUCACUCCACCUUCUCUCUUCAAUCAUCCGGGCAAGUUAAGGUCGUCAUAGAAUGGCUGAUACCAGAAGCAUUCAAGCAAUCCUAGUUGCGGCAAUGGCAGCCGUGCUAUUGGCAGGUGCAAGCGCCCAGUCCAGCUCGUGCUCGUCGGCCAUCAUGAGCUUGUCGCCGUGUUUGGACUACAUCACAGGCAACGCGUCCACCCCCUCCAGCUCAUGCUGUUCGCGGCUCUCCUCCGUGGUGCAAUCAGAACCACAAUGCAUUUGCACCCUCAUCAGUUCUGGAGCUUCAUCGGCUUCCUCGCUCGGAAUCACCGUGAACCAGACUCAGGCGUUCGCCCUUCCCAGUGCCUGCAAGGUUCAAAUCCCCCUCAGCCAGUGCAAUGUAAGUGGACCGAGUGCAUCCCCAGCAACACCAUCCACAUCACCUUCAGGUGUUGGAUCAAAAAGUAACCCUGCAACAAGCACAGACUCAUCAGAUGGAGCCUCUGCAGGAGUACCUCUUGCGCUUCUGCUCUCUCUGGUCGCGAUCGGGGCAUAUCCUUUCACAUCUCUCGUCAUUGUCUAAGGCUGCAGCUUUUUGGUAUAUGUAUACAGUUAUCGGAUGGUGUAUGAGUGGGCUUGUAUUCUUUUUCUUCUGGCGUUCAAUAAUGUUUGUCUCCGCUGAGGCCAUUUGGAGAUGUAGCCGUGAAUCAAAUUUUGCUUAUGUGACACCUAUGACAGAACAUGCAUCUUUAUAAUAUUUGUUUCUAUCCAUUUA